AAAUCAGAAAUGUCUUAAUGACAACUUAAUUUUGACGCUAAUUUUUCCCAAAUUAUUUAAAUCACGGCCUUUGAAUUGUUUUCACUAACUGCAUGAUAUAUUAUAUUUGUUUAUUUACUUACCUGCUGCCUGGUUGGUGGAAACCUUGACGAAAGAAUGAAACGGCGACGAAGAGAAAGGUCUCGACGAUUAGCAACUCUUUAUCCGGAAAUUGAUGAAGAGGACCCUUUCUCAUUUGAGAACUUGGGACAAACAACUCAAAACAAGAAAAAGGAAAGUAAAGAGAAGAAAGGAGAAAAGAAGAUUGCUGAAAAAGAUGAGAGCAAGAAAGUAGAGAAAAGAGACACAAAAGAAACUCAGAAGAAAGAGAAAAAUGAGAACACAACAAGAAGUGAUGAGGAAAAGAAAGAGAAAGAUAAAGAGAACAAGAUUAAAGAGGAAGGAAAGCAGGAAAACAAAGAGAAGGAGAGAGAAAGCAAGAAGGAGGACAAGAACAUCGUUGAGAACGCGAAGAAGAUCAAGUCCGGAGAGAAAAAAGUGAUUCAAUGGGAAGACAGGAAGGAACCAAAGGAAAAGAACAUUCAAAGAAUCAAUACAGAAAUCAAACACUUUGUUGGAAAACUAAACGAUCCUCUCAACAAAUCCAAGGAUCAAAAUGAGGUUAUAUUCCCCAAUAUAAAGAAUGAGGAUAAAACUGAGGAAUCGGUUGAAAAAGAUAUAAAAGAGAAUACACAGACUGGAAAUAAAGAUGAACUGAAGAUUGAAUUAUCUAUCAUCAAAUCUGAACCCAACUCUGAAGAUAAGAUCGAUCGAAAAUUUAAAAGUAUCGGCAAAAACGCCUCUAAGACCAGUUUAGAGGUUGAGAAUGACGCUGUUAAAAAUAAUUAUGAAAAAGCUUUGGACCUAGCUGAGAAUAUUAACAUAAUGAAGAACAAACUAAUGAUCGGGAAAGAUAGAAUUAAGAACGAUGUUGAAGUGGACGAUGCUGAAGUUGAUGAUGUUAAUGAUGAAGAAGAGGAUACAGAAGAAGAUGAAAGUGAAAAUGAUGAAGAUAAAGACAUAUCUGAUGAUAAAGAAGAAGAUGAGAAUGAGGAUAAGGAAGGGGAGGCAACAAUGGAAGAUGCUGUAGAAGCAUACAAGAGAAAAUACAAACACUCUCUGGGGUUGAGAUCAGAGGAAGAAGCUACAAGUUUAGAUGUAGCAUACGCCAGAGAUAAAUCUAGUGUAGGCUAUUCAUUCAAAAUGUAAGUAUGGAAAAUGAAGAAACAUAUAUAGCUAGGAAAAGAAAAUUAUAAUGAUGUUGAAACUGCUUUUUUAGGAAUCAUUUGAGACCUAUGAGACG